AUGAAGCGCAGCAAGCACCGCGGACACAAGGAGGAGAGAAACGGAGAUGAACCAGCUAUCCUGGAGACAGAGGAUUUGGAUCGUCAGGGCAUGUUCAUGGGAGGAGGCCCACACGCGGACACCAUCUCACUGGCCUCGGUCACAGCUGUCACCACCAAUGUGUCCAAUAAGAGAUCGAAGCCUGACAUAAAGAUGGAACCCAGUGCUGGGAGACCGAUGGAUUACCAAGUCAGUGUGACAGUAAUAGAGGCAAGACAACUCGUGGGACUGAACAUGGAUCCAGUGGUCUGUGUGGAAAUUGGAGAUGAUAAGAAGUACACGUCAAUGAAGGAAUCAACCAACUGCCCAUACUAUAAUGAGUAUUUUGUGUUUGACUUCCACGUCCCGCCAGAUGUCAUGUUCGACAAAAUCUUAAAGCUGUCUGUGAUCCACUCCAAAAACCUGCUGCGCAGCGGGACAUUGGUUGGGAUGUUUAAGCUGGAUGUGGGAACAAUCUACCACCAGCCAGAACAUCAGUUUUACCACAAGUGGGCCCUUCUGACCGACCCCGAUGACAUCACAGCUGGGUGUAAGGGCUACGUCAAAUGUGACAUUGCCGUUGUGGGCAAAGGAGACAAUAUAAAAACUCCCCACAAGGCCAAUGAAUCUGAUGAAGAUGACAUCGAGGGCAAUCUGCUGCUGCCAGAGGGAGUGCCCUCCGAACGGCAGUGGGCUCGCUAUUACCUAAAGAUCUACAGAGCAGAGGGACUGCCCAAAAUGAACACCAGCAUCAUGGCCAACGUCAAAAAGGCCUUCAUAGGAGAGAACAAGGACCUCGUCGAUCCUUAUGUCCAAGUACAGUUUGCUGGCCAGAAGGGAAAGACCUCAAUCCAAAAGAGCAGCUAUGAGCCCAUCUGGAACGAGCAAAUCGUUUUCACCGAGAUGUUUCCGCCGCUGUGCAAGCGCAUGAAGCUCCAGCUCCGAGACUCAGACAAAGUAAAUGACGUCGCCAUAGGAACGCAUUUUCUUGACCUGAGGAAGAUUGCCAAUGAUGGGGAAAAAGGUUUUCUCCCCACGCUGGGUCCGGCUUGGGUGAACAUGUACGGCUCCACCCGCCACUACACCCUGAUGGACGAGUACCAGGACCUGAAUGAGGGGCUUGGUGAGGGGGUGUCUUUCAGGGCCCGCCUGCUCAUCAGCCUGGGCAUGGAGAUCCUAGACACCUCCUCGCCAGACAUAUCCAGCUCCACCGAAGUGCAGGUGGAUGGAGUGCCCAACAUCUCAGAGACUGCUGCUGGCAAGGUGGAGGAGUUUUUUCUCUUCGGGUCAUUCCUCGAAGCCACCAUGAUAGACAGAAAGAUAGGUGACAAGCCCAUCAGCUUCGAGGUCACAAUAGGUAACUAUGGAAACGAGAUUGAUGGCGUCAUCAAGCCAAAAACCAAAGGGAAGAAGGCCGGAGGAGACAGCGACGAAGAGGAGACUGAGCUGAUCCACAACUCCAGUGAGGAGGAGAUGGAGGACGACGGGGACCUGGCCUCGGUGGCCUCCACUCCACCCAUGAAACCUGUCAUCACUGACCGGAACUACUUCCACUUGCCAUAUUUUGAGAGGAAGCCAUGCAUCUACAUCAAAAGUUGGUGGCAGGACCAAAGAAGGAGGCUGUACAAUGCAAACAUCAUAGACAACAUCGCAGAUAAACUGGAAGAUGGUCUAAAUGAUGUGCAAGAGAUCAUCAAGACAGAAAAGGCUUAUCCUGAGCGUAGGCUCAGGGGUGUCCUGGAGGAACUCAGCCAAGGAUGCAGCCAGUUCCUUUCACUGGCAAACAAGGACCAGAAUCAGGCUGGGAGGACCAAACUUGACAGGGAGAGACUGAAGUUGUGCAUGUCAGAACUGGAGAGCAUGGGCCAGCAAGCUAAGACCAUGAGAUCACAGGUGAAGAAGAGUACGGUGAGGGAUAAAAUCAAGCUGGCCCAGAACUUUCUCCAGAAGCUGCGCUUCUUGGCUGAUGAACCUCAGCAUAGUGUUCCUGAUAUCUUUAUCUGGAUGAUAAGCAAUGGCAAGCGUAUCGCUUAUGCCCGCGUGCCCUCGAAAGACAUCCUCUAUUCUAAUGUGGAUGAGGAGACUGGAAAAGACUGUGGCAAAGUCAAAACAAUUUUUCUGAGGAUCCCUGGUAAGAAAGGCUUCGGGCCUGCUGGCUGGACAGUGCAGGCCAAGACAGAGAUUUAUCUGUGGCUGGGUCUGAGUAAGCAGCGCAAAGACUACCUGAGCGGCCUGCCCAAUGGCUUUGAGGAAAACAAGUUGACAAAGGGACCCGGCCUUCCGUCCUCCCCUCCAAUCAGCCUCACCUAUAUGAUGAAACAGAUCUUCCAGCUGAGGGUUCAUAUGUACCAGGCUCGAAGCCUGUUCGCCGCUGACAGCACGGGCCUGUCUGACCCCUUCGCCAGGGUCUUCUUCUCCACGCAGAGCCAGGUCACCGAGGUGCUGGCUGAGACUCUGUGCCCUACCUGGGACCAGCUACUGGUUUUUGAGAACGUGGAGCUGUUUGGAGAGGCCAGUGAGCUGCGAGACGACCCCCCAAUUAUAGUCAUUGAAGUCUAUGAUCAAGACACAGUGGGCAAAGCUGAAUUCAUGGGCCGAACCUUUGCCAAGCCCAUUGUUAAGAUGGCGGACGAGCACUACGGUCCCCCGCGCUUCCCUCCCCAGCUGGAGUACUAUCAGAUCUACCGUGGGAACUGCACUGCUGGAGAAAUGCUGGCAGCCUUUGAACUGCUGCAGAUCGGCCCCCACGGGAAAGCUGACCUACCUCCCAUAGAUGGUCCCACAGACAUGGACCGCGGCCCCAUCCUACCCGUGCCGCUGGGCAUCAGGCCGGUCCUCAGCAAGUACAGGAUUGAGGUGUUGUUCUGGGGCUUGAGGGACCUGAAGAGAGUUAACCUGGCCCAGGUGGACAGGCCUCGCGUCGAUAUCGAAUGCGCCGGCAAAGGGGUCCAGUCUGCCCUCAUCCCAAACUACAAGAAAAACCCCAACUUCAGCACUCUCGUCAAGUGGUUCGAAGUGGAUUUGCCUGAGAACGAGUUGCUCCACCCACCUCUUAACAUCCGCGUGGUGGACUGCAGGGCGUUUGGACGCUACACCCUGGUUGGCUCCCAUGCUGUCACCAGCCUGCGCAAGUUCAUCUACAGGGCAUCAGACAAGCAGGCCAACAACUGGUCUACUACAGAGGAAAUUGUUGUUGUCAGUAUGGAACCAGAAACUACUUUUAAGAAGGUUGACACUGUGGUCAAGCUAGACUCAGGUUCAGAAGCCGUGGUGAAAAUCGAGGUAAGUGACGAUGACAAGGAUGGAAAGGGGAAGAAAAAGAAGAGGAAGAAGGGGGGUGAUGAGAAUGAAGAAGAAGAACUUGAUGAGAGCAUGCUGGAUUGGUGGUCGAAGUACUUUGCCUCCAUUGAAACUCUGACAGAGCACCUGAAGGCUCAAGAAGCAGCUCUUUCUGAUUCAGAGGACAGGGAUGACAUGGACCUUGCAGAUGGUGGAGACAUCAAACCUGACGACUCUCCCGUGAAAGGGAACAAAAGAGGAAAAGGGAGGAAGGAAAAGAAGAAGCCUGUGGUUGAUCCAUUUGAGAAGAAAAAGCCCAAACUGGAUGAGCUUCAGGUGUACCCCAAGGAAUUGGAGGGUGAGUUUGACAACUUUGAAGACUGGCUCCACACUUUCAACUUGUACAGAGGAAAGAGUGGCGACGAUGAUGACCAAAAUGUGGCAGACGAGGACAGGGUCAUUGGAAAAUUUAAAGGCUCACUGUGUAUGUACAAAGUGCCCUUGUUGGAUGAUAUAACCAGAGAGAUGGGCUUCGACUCCAACAUGGGCACCUUCCAGAACAUUCCACAUAAUGACCCGAUCAACGUCCUCGUCCGUGUCUAUGUCAUCAGGGCCACUGACCUGCAUCCGGCAGAUAUAAAUGGGAAAGCAGACCCGUACAUUGCAAUAAAACUGGGAAAGUCAGAGAUUAAAGACAAAGAAAACUACAUCUCAAAACAACUGAAUCCUUUGUUUGGCAAAUCAUUUGACAUUGAGGCCACAUUCCCAAUGGAUUCCACUCUAACCGUGUCGAUUUAUGACUGGGACUUGGUGGGAACCGAUGAUCUCAUUGGCGAAACCAAAAUCGACUUGGAGAACCGCUACUACAGCAAACACAGAGCCACAUGUGGUAUUGCGUCUAAUUACGCCAUUCAUGGCUACAAUGUAUGGCGAGACCCAAUGAAACCCACACAGAUUUUGGCUAAAGCAUGCAAGGAUGGCAAGAUGGAUGGACCUCACUAUGGCCCUGGAGGAAGAGUGAAGGUGGCGAACCGCGUCUUCAUGGCUCACACCGAGAUAGAGGAUGAGAAUGGCUUGAAGAAGCAGACAGAUGAACAUCUGGCCCUGACAGUGCUGAAACACUGGGAGGAAAUCCCACGGGUGGGCUGUAAACUCAUCCCAGAGCAUGUGGAGACCAGGCCUCUCCUCCACCCCGAUAAGCCGGGAAUCGAACAGGGGAGAAUUGAGAUGUGGGUGGACAUGUUCCCCAAAGACAUGACGGCGCCCGGGCCUGCCCUUGACAUUUCACCGAGGAAGCCAAAGAAGUUUGAAUUAAGAGUGAUAAUCUGGAACACCGAUGAGGUCGUCCUGGAGGAUGACGAUAUCUUCACGGGCGAGAAGUCCAGUGAUAUAUUUGUUCGAGGUUGGCUGAAAGGACAACAGGAGGACAAGCAGGACACCGACGUCCAUUACCACUCCAUUACGGGGGAAGGCAACUUCAACUGGCGCUUCGUCUACCCCUUCGACUAUCUCAUGGCCGAAGAGAAGAUCGUCAUCUCAAAAAAGGAGUCCAUGUUUGCCUGGGAUGAGACCGAGUACAAGAUCCCAGCUCGCCUCAAUCUGCAAGUGUGGGAUGCCGAUCAUUUCUCUGCAGAUGAUUUCUUAGGUGCAAUCGAGCUGGACCUAAAUCGUUUCCCACGGGGCGCUAAGACAGCAAAACAGUGCACCAUCGAAAUGGUGACAAAUGAGGCAGAGAUACCCACGGUCUCCAUCUUUAAACAGAAGAGGAUUAAAGGCUGGUGGCCAUUCGUGGCCAGAGAUGAAAAUGAUGAGUUUGAACUCACGGGAAAAGUGGAGGCCGAGCUGCACCUCCUGACCGGAGAGGAAGCAGAGAAAAACCCCGUUGGCGAAGGACGCAAUGAACCAGAGCCGCUGGAGAAACCGAAUCGGCCAGACACCAGCCUCCUCUGGUUCCUCACUCCCUUCAAAGCCAUAAAACACUUGAUCUGUGACCAGUACAAGUGGCUGACCAUCAAGAUCGUCACCGUUCUCCUGCUGAUAGCCAUCUUGGCCAUUUUCCUCUACAGCAUGCCUGGUUACAUGGUGAAGAAGAUGCUGGGCGCUUGA